AUGCGCUUCGCGGCGCGCUGCGCCCGCGGCGCGAGCCCGAAGCCCCUGAGCCCCAACAGCGCGAAGAAGCACUCGUCCGUGCUCCGCCACGUCGUCCUCGAGGACGACUUUCUCUUCGACGCGCUCAAGAAGCGGUCCCCGCUCUUCGCGCCCUACCGCCGCAGCCACACGCUCGCGGCGCUCGACGCCCUGGGCCCGGAGCCGACGCGCCUCGGCGUCGCGACGCUCGAGGCCCACGCGGGCAGGGACGACGCCUUGGCGUUCGCGGUCUACAACGCGGAGCGCCUCAAGCGGUCCUGCGUCAAGUACGCGGGCGUGCGCGCGCCCGCGGCCAUCCUCGGCGCCGUGCUGUCCCUGUCGGCGGCGCUCCGGGGCCGCGUCGCCGUCGGGCGCCUCGGCCUCGACGACGCGAUCAAGAUGCCGCGCGCCGACCGCGCGGGCCUCGAGGCCGCCAUGACCAAGAAGCGCAAGGCCAUGGCCCUCGCCGACACGACGCGCCUCCGGGGCCAGUUCCGGGGCAAGGCCCUCUGCUUCAACUAA